AUCUUCGUACUACUUAAUAUGAUAGACUAUCUCAGAUAGCUAAAAAGAUAGUGUUAUUGUACGUGUACUGUACACGUACACGUAGUCAUCGUAGAAAAAGAGCCGAUCAUUAACCGGGUGACCACCUUCUGGUCUGCGUAGAGUACAACGCUGUACUGAGCUACUGACGUCUCUUCAGCAAGUACAACCCGUUCUGCUGGCUCGUCGUUUCUUAUUUAUGUGCUGCUUCGACUCGACACCUCGAUUCCGUAUUUUCUUCGUCGUGCUCGAAGGACGAUCGUGUACGGAUGGGUGUUCUUCGUAAUUCGCCCAGUACUUGGGCAAACUACUGUAAAUCCAAGACUUACCAGCGCAGUGCCUUGAACCACCGAUAACUGAUGUACUCCCUGCUGCAGCAGGCACAAAAUAGCCCCCGCAUAUCUGCCCUUAAAAUAGGUCUGCGUGUUCUUGGUGGGUCCUGUGCCUUUCGCGCUUUUCUGCUUGCUAUCGCCGAUUUGUCGAGCAUUGCCUGCGAAAACUUCUUCCACCGAAGCGAAGUCAGUGUGACCGCUGCGAAGCGUCGCAUCAUCGAUUUGCUAGCUGCGAUCACAUCAAAUUUGCACAUCUCUAUGGAAAGACUGCAUUUAGGAGACUGGAGGGAUGUUGAUCCCGAGUGGAGAGAACUGCACAUGUUCUCUUCCCUGCUUUUCGUAUCAGUAGAAUCGAAAAUGAAAUACAAUAUUUCACCAUUCAUAGCACAAGCAGCAGGAGUUCUUUUGCCACAUGUGAGAAGAAAAAUCGUUUCAAAGUCCUUAGAUGUUGCUGGUUUACUGGGCAGUAAUCAUGAUCAUGAUAAUUUGAAUGAAAAUAUCGAUUCUUUUAUCUCUGACCUUCGCCAAGGUGAAAUACACUCACGUGGACACGAACCUUUUCAGAAAGUGUUUUUCUACGGCACUUCCUGUCGGCUAUCUUCUUCUUGCACUGCAGAUGUGAAAAACAGAGAAUGCUUAGUUUCAUUGCACAGUUCUAAGCGUACAUGGUAUAUUGGGGAGGAUAAAUUUGGCAGUCUCCAAUCUUUGCUUCCUCCGGGCUCGCUUUCGAACACUACAAACUUGCUUUGUGGUCAGGUGCACCACCUAUGCAGAAACCCUUCUCUUCUUGAUUUUUUUCGCUCGUACAUGCCCAAGUGCACUGAAAAUGCCGGAGCUCCAGUUUUAAUCUCUGGAGCUGUGUCUCACUGGCCAGCGCUAUGUCGCUGGCGAAACUCUGAUUAUCUCACAGCUAUGGCAGGUUUGCGAACAGUGCCUGUUGAGUUGGGAAUGCACUAUCUUCAUGCGAAUUGGACACAGAAGCUCAUGUCACUGUCGUCUUAUUUAGAUAGGUACAUCCGACCUUUGCAACCACAAGAUGCUGUAAAAAGCAAUACAUUUGACAGUAUUGUUGUGAAUGGCUCACAACCUAAGCUUAGAUUCCCACAUGUGCAUCAGGACAAGUCCUUAAAAUACAGUUACAGCGCGAUCCGCCCAGGCAGUUGCACAGGGUAUCUUGCACAGCACCCUCUUUUUAAUCAAGUCCCAACACUUCUGAAUGAUUUAGAUCUUCCUGACUACUGCUCCUUAACGCAUCGGUGGAAUACAUCUGAAGAAGGUAUCAAAUCAAUCAAUGCGUGGCUUGGACCUGCAGGUACUGUGAGUCCACUUCACAAGGAUCCAUACCAUAAUUUGCUUUCUCAGGUUGUUGGGCUAAAAUACAUCCGAAUGUAUGCUCCUGAAAGAGCACAAACUCUGUAUCUUCACCCGGACUACAAGCUACGAAACUCCAGCUUUGUUGACAUGCAAUCAGGAGCAGCUAAUCUGACAGUGAAGUUUCCUAGUUUUGUUUCAACACCUUUUGUCGACUGUGUAUUGGAACCUGGUGACAUGAUAUAUAUUCCAGCUAAUUGGUAUCACUCUGUACACUCUCUGUCAAGUUCGUUCUCAGUAUCGAUCUGGUGGCACUGACUAGAACAGUGCGAAAUGCCUCGUUUCGACUUGAUGAUGUUCCAUUUGUACUCUGUUGGAUUCAGUAUACAGUAGCACUUUCGAAGAGAGUCUGCGGUCAAAAAGUGUUGAACCAUAAUUUUCACCGAUCAAAGAAAUUGAGCCUAGGGCCCAGGCUUCAAAUGUUGAAAUUUUCAGGGAUAAGUGGUUGUCUCUGGUACAGGAUUUUGGUCACGGUCUGGACAGUGUCUGGACUAAAGUACCUUCGUACACAGCUACACAGUUUAUUACACGUGUAGUUGUACAGUACGUGUACAGUAUCUAACUAUCUACCUUCGUACGAAGGUAUCUUCGAAGAUACUAAGAAUACUUUCGUACGAAGACAACUUACUUUCGUACGAAGAUAAAAGUACACGUACGUGUGUACGUGUACACGUACACGUACAACGUUCAAUCAACUAUCUUCGGUAUUCCAUCUUCAUAGCACUCUACACGUACUGUACGUGUACAGUACACGUACAUACUACAACGCGUUUAUUGUACGAAGGGCGCGCGCGCGCGCGCGCAAACCGAACUAAUUGCCCAUAGAUGAAUUUCCCCGUACAAUACGAAAAUCACGCCUU